UCUUUAAUAAAACCUAUUUUUGUGAUUUUGAGCUUGAGUGCUAGUUUGAGAACAAAAACUUGGUUUGGUGCUAUCCUAGUCUUUUUCUUUAAAAACUUUUACACAUGUGUUUUAAAUAUAAUUUUCAUACAAGUCGUUAUACAAGUUGUAAAUAUUUUGAUCUAUUUCUACACCACCUACAACUAGCUAGGCUGUGCACUUCAUUGAACGUUUUCUUAGAGAUUUUAGGUUUUAUUACGGUCUAUUUGUGAUUUUCAUUGUUUUCACAAUUUUUCUUUCAUCUGGAAUAUGUAGGUCUUUCAUCUUUGCCUUUCUAUCUAAAUUUUCGAAACAGGCUUUCACGAUAUUCUGAAUCUACGACUAUAUUCAUGGUUGGCACCUUUUUCAAGUAUCCAGUGGUUAAAUGCAGUUUACAAAAUGCUCCACUAUGUUCUGAUUCUGAUUAAGUUAGCAAUUAAUUAGUUAGUUGACAGAAUACCAUAAAAUAGCUUAUUUGUUUGUGUUUGUCGAAUCUUAAAAUACCAGAUAGAUGGGUCAUAUAUAUAUUAUUAGGGAUAAAUGUCCCACAUCGGAUAUUGGAAGAGAUCCUAAGCAAUAUAUAAGAUAGAUGGGUCACUCCACUUAGCACCAAUUGGUUUUAGGUUGGAAGCCCAUCUAGCUUAACAUGGUAUCAGAGCCCGAUCCACGCAGUCCAAUCCGAUCCAUUAUCGAUCCAGCCCAAAGUCGGCCCAUCGAUCCUUGCCCGAGCAUUCCGAGAUUGACGUUCAAAGAGCCAUCAUCUCGAGGGGGCGUAUUAGGGAUAAAUGUCCCACAUCGGAUAUUGGAAGGGAUCCUAAACAAUAUAUAAGAUAGAUGGGUCACUCCACUUAGCACCAAUUGGUUUUAGGUUGGAAGCCCAUCUAGCUUAACAUAUAUAUAUAUAGUUUGAAGCAGGUGAGAGUACACAAGGUCAAGAUCAAAAGCGAGGACGAAGACGCAUCAAUGCCAUCUAGUUCUUGCUUGAACUUACCAUUGCAUCUCUCGGCAAAGUCAUUACCACUCUAACCCCACCUUCCAUUGCUGGAUCCAGCUUCAAUGCUCCUAAUAUCAUCCCCAUGUUCUUGGCGUUUUCUUGAAACAUAAGAUCCCUUAUAUUCACAGGCUCUUUCCAACCAAAAUCCAUCGAUCUAAACACCGCGAGGUUUCUCAUAUCGGUCAUGAAUAAUAGUCUAUGAAUUACCUUGUCGAAUUUCACAUCCUCCUUGAUCAUUCUCUCCAUGUUUCUUAGCACCUCCUCGACAUAGCUCUUGUCAUAAGCUUUUUUCUUGGCUUUGUUCACGAGUUUGGCAAUGUCAAAGAUUGAUGAUUCAUAGAGCUCUCUCGUGGUUAACUCGAUGUACACGUCUAUAAUUGAGUUGCCAUAGCCCUCUGGUAGUGGCGGAUCAAGAACAUGUCAGAUUCCCACAGCUAUGCAAAGGGCAGUGAUCUUGUCAAGGUCUAGGUUUAGGGCUCGAGAUCUUGAUUUCCAUAUGCAAGCACUUAGAAUUUCAUAAUAGUGAAACUCUCCUUUGGGGUUUCGCUUUCCUUAGCUAAAGUAUCUUUAAGCAUUUUUAUAUUUCAAGCUUUAAUGCUUAUUAUUUCUGUAACCUGUGGAUCAUUAUAUAUGCACAUAGAUGAAAUUUUCUUUUCUUAUACUAUACCCCAAAUGUCUAUUGAAUCAGAGCAAAAUGUUUUUUUUUGGGUUUAAAUGGAUAGUUGCAAAUAAUCAAGUUCUGACAAAGAUAAACACUUUCUAAAAUUGGAUUAUUUUAACAUAAAUGUAACACAAUUAAUUAAAUAGAAGACUCUAAUCACAAAAUAUAAACUCGUGAGUAAUACUGUACUAUUAAUUUUAUUAAUGACAAAAAAAAAUGAAUGACGAAAAAAAAAAUCGUGUCUUUCAUUCUAGAUGCCGUCUAGUUAAAGUACACAAAUCUUACAAUAUAAAAUGAGGUGUUGGAUAUACGUGCACCAUAAGGCAUGCAAAUUGAAAUGUGUCAACAGUGCCGGUCCAGAUUGAUGUGGUGUCCAAAGCGGAACAAGAAAAAUAUUGCCUCAUAAUUAUAAAAUUUUUUUUGUUUACUCUUAAGUAUUUUAAAAAGCAAAAAAAUCUACAUGUUUAUCACUAUAAAUUAAAUUACAUUCAUAAUCCUACAACAAUAAAUAUUAAAAGAAGAAUAUAAAUUGGAGAAUAGAAUAAUAUAUACGUAUCUUAACAAAAAAAAAAACAAUUAGACAACAACUAUAGCAGCAUCAAUUCUCGUUGGUAAAAUUUUAUUAAGUUUUUAUAGUCUCUCAGCAAUGCUAAAUUCAUAUUCUGAGAUUCAGAAAAAUUAUAAAAAGAAAAAAAUAGAGGAGAAUGAAAAUGAAACUCAUAUGCGAUUAGAAAAGGAGAAUAAAAAAGAUACAACCUUUGUAGUAAAAAUUGACAGAAAAUAAUGAAAAAAACAAUGCGGAGAAGUGAGGAGAUAAGUGUCAAUUGCUAAGGUAAAGAAAAUAAUUACUUUUAUUUAGUUUCCUUAUUUAUUUUUAUAACAUGUAUAAUUUUAUUUUGUGGGAAGAAAGUUAAUGUCGUUUACUAUAGUUCCUAUUAUUUAUAAGGAAAUUAAAGUUAUUAGAAAGAGUAAUCAAAAUCUUUACUGAUCAAGUCUUAUUUUUAGUUAUUGCCAUUAGCGAAAGGGAAAAAUGAAGGGGAAUAUGGUUGAAUUCAGGUUCGAACCUGCCUUUACAGGUUAAAAAAAACAAUUGAAAAACCACUGCACUGAAGGAAACAUUUGCACUUGUUGCCCCAAAUAAUUAUAUAUAUCUUGACGCCUAAAACCGUUGUUUUAUAUGCUUUAGCGCAGGGCCGGGCCUCUGUGUCAACUCCAUGCAUGUUACUGAUCUUAUCAUAUAAGAUGAGGUGUUGGAUAUACCUGCACCAUAAGGCAUUCAAAUUGAAAUGUGUGAACUCCAUGCAUGUUACUGUUUGUUCUCAUGGUUUAGAUAUGUGAACACAUUAAAUAGAGUUCCAAACGCAAUAGAAAUAAAAUCACGACAUUAUGUCUUGUCCUAUAUCUCGGUUAUACAAACAAACUCUCCCACAAACCUAAAUGUAUUGACCAUGUUUGUUUUGCACACAUUUAGCAAUCAGCGACCAGAGAUCAUCAAACAACACAAACAUAUCAGUUUCGUAGAUUGUGUGUUUGGCCAACAUCAAUAAGUUUCGGCGACAAAUCUUGUUGGUGUUUGUAACCGUGGGAGAAACUCUAUAUAAACAUCAACAAGAAGUGGACGUUAACGUUGAUUUGAUAUUUGUUAUACAUUUUUAAACUUUGUAUAAGAUGUCAAACCAAACAACACGGAACCUUCCUCUAUUACUCGAAAUGAAACAAACUGAACUCGUUACACCCUCAAAGCACACUCCUCGUGAAGUCCUAUCCCUUUCUACUUUAGACAGCGAUGUUCUGAAUGAAGACAUGUACGCGACAAUUUAUGUUUACAAAGGCAAUGAACGUAAUAAAAAUGAUCCUGUCACUCUACUUAGGAAAGCUUUGUCCGAGCUUCUUGUGUAUUACUAUCCACUUUCAGGCAAGCUAGUGAGAGGAGAGAGUGGCCGAAAGCCUCAGCUAGUUUGCCAGGGUGAGGGAGUCCCAUUCGCCGUCGCUACGGCAUCACUAGACCUCAUUUCUCUAGACUAUUUGGAAAAACUUGAUGAUGAAGUUGCUUUGCGCCUUGUGCCUGAGAUUGAAAUUGACUAUGAUACUGAUUUUUGUUAUCAUCCUCUGGCUUUGCAAGUGACCAAGUUUGCUUGUGGAGGAUUUACCAUUGGCACUGCAUUGACGCAUGUUGUGUGUGAUGGAUUCGGUGUGGCUCAGAUCAUCCAUGCUUUAACCGAGUUGGCUGCAGGAAAGAGUGAACCAUCGGUGGUGCCGGUGUGGCAGAGAGAGCGGCUUGUCGGGAAAAUUGAUAAUGAACCGGCCAAAGUACCCGGUGGCCAUAUUGCUAGUCUUUUGGCCACCUCACCGUUCAUGCCAACUACUGAUCUUGUCACGGAGAUAAUAAACAUUCAGGCUGUGAAUAUAAAGAGGCUCAAAGAUUCUUUGAUGAGAGAAUGCGAGUUCCCUGAAGAGUGUUUCACCACUUAUGAAGUACUUAGUUCUUGCAUAUGGAAGGCAAGAUCUAGAGCCCUUAAACUAAACCCCGACGGGAUUACUGUCCUUGCCGUAGCUGUUGGAAUCCGACAUGUUUUAGAUCCACCACUUCCUAAAGGAUACUACGGUAACGCAUACAUAGAUGUGUAUGUCGAGUUAACAGUCAGACAACUCGAAGAAUCAUCGAUCUCUGACAUCGCUAAACGCGUCAAGAAAGCCAAGAAAACAGCCUACGACAAAGGGUACAUAGAGGAGGAGCUGAGCAACGGCGAGAGACUGAUGAGGGAUGAUGCCAAGUUCAAAGGUGUGAGUGAUGGUGUGUUUUUCUUGACGGAUUGGAGAAAUAUUGGUUGGUUUGGAUCCAUGGAUUUUGGUUGGAAUGAGCCGAUGAAUCUGAGGCCGUUGACUCAGAGGGAGAGUGCAAUGCAUAUAGGGAUGAUCUUGAGACCUUCUAAGUUAGACCCAUCAAUGGAAGGUGGCGUUAAAGUGGUCAUGACGUUACCAAGAGAUGCAAUGGUUAUGUUCAAAUUAAAUAUGGAUGCUAUGAACAAACUUUAGUUCCAUGCAUAUGAACUUUCUUUACGUGAAAAGAAUAAAAGUGAAUAUGUGAGUGUGCUUAUAUGCAAAUUAAAAUAUGUAAUAAUGUAACUACAUCUAUAAUUUUCAUUGCGGAACCUGAAAAUUUAUCAUUACAAGUUCUGACAUUGUUAUACAAAAUAUGAGAUUAUAUU